UUUGGCGCCGCGCCACUACGAAGAGUGACAACCGCCGCCCAGGUCGUCUCGAAUUCCGGCCCAGAACCAUAAAACCUCGCAUACCAUCGUCGCCCCGGUCACGGUAGCAGCAGUGCUAUUGUAGCAGUCGGGCUAAUGAUCACGGAUUACGGAUUACAACGAUAACCAACACACAGACUUCCCACCCACGGACCGAGAUCUGAGACUGUGACAAGCACCAGUUAGUGCAUGCUCGUGGCGGAGAGUGGGCACCCCCCAUCACUGAUCUCGAGGAUCAGUGGUGUUCAGUGUGCCACAGAAUGCCACAACCACAUGCCACCACCCUUACCAGUGCCGCGAACCACCGUCCUUCGUACUCUCAAUCUCAAUCGUCCUACCGCGGCGCCUACGGCAUCACUUCGACCCAUUCCAACUACAACAAACCCCCUUCCACCGCAAACCUGCCGUCGUCCAUCUCGAGGUUUCCACCCGCCGGCCCCUUAGUCGGUGGCUUCGCCCCUGUUGCCGGACGAGGACGAGGUACAGCAGACCGAUCCGCAUCCGAGUCCGGCCCGUCCACAUUCUCGUCGAGGGCCCCGGCAUAUUACUACCAUUACAACCACAAGGGACGGGGUGGUUCUGUUGGUGCUGCUGGUCCAGGUGUUGGCGCAGGUGCCCCUGAUUUGGUCGCCGAUUAUCAGCAGAAUCAGGGUUCAAGAAAUCUCAGAGGGCUCAACCUAAAUCUAGGAGACGGCGAAACUCUAACGCAACCCCCUCCCAUCCCAGGUGACAACGACGAGCCCGCGUCUCCCUCCUUCGCGGCUGGGUCAUUGCCUAGAUCCUCGUCCCUUUUACCGCCGCCGCGCAUCCUCGCCAAUGCUCAAGCUUUCCAUGCCGACCAGGAGCCCGUGUCGUUCCUCGAGCCAUUGACCCCGAGAGAGCUGCAAACCUUCCAUCAAAGGACGGGCAGCACGGGAGGUGCUAGUGACGGCUUCCGAAACCUUAACCGGUGGUCAGCAUCCACGACAUCGAGCCCUGGAGACCGAGACUGGGUGGGGAUCGAUUAUCAAGAACCACAGCAACAGCCUGCACCGCUGCCGAAGCCUACCACCAACUUUUCUCGCCGCAUGAGCGUCGAUUCUGUGGCUCUACUGACGCAAAGUGAUCAUUCUUCGCCACCGGCUCACCAGUCUCCGCGGAGACUGACCAAGCGACGCGCUUCCGAAGCAAGCGGAAGUGCGUCACCUGUAGGCCAGACCCGCGCGGCAUCGAGUGCCAGCGGAAGAACGCGGUCCAACUCGCGGGCGACUUCUCCACCGAAUCUUCCAUCCAUCGUCGCGUUACCCUCACUCCAGCUACCCGGCCUUACUGGCUCGCCACCGACAGCGCUGAGCCGACUGAGCCCGAGUGCUGUGAUCACACCGAACUCGGUAUUCGCCAACCAGGCAAAAGAUUACUCUUUGUGGGAUGAAAUCGCCGACCCGAACUCGUCCAGCAUAUCACCAGGCGCCCCGCGCGGACGUACGGCCGUGCAAACAUCUCCCGCUCCAGUGGACGCAAAUAAGGAUCACGGUGGAGAAAGAGAAGGAUCCGACAUGCCGGACAAGAAGGGACAUACGAGGAGCCGGUCCUCAGCGGCCAAGGGUAGUUCUGACUCGACCAAAACGAGGCAUGGCAAACAACCUUCGCAGAAGGCCAUGCUGUCCAGGGCAUUGGCGAAGGCGAAUACGGCCGUCCAGCUCGACAAUGCCCAGAAUUAUGAAGGUGCCAGAGAAUCGUAUAUCGAGGCAUGUGAUUUACUCCAGCAGGUACUUGGGCGAACGACAGGGGAGGAGGACAAGAAAAAGCUGGACGCAAUUAAACGCACGUAUACGAGCAGAAUCGAAGAGCUAGAUGGCAUGGUGCCUGUACAAAUCCAUAGAAGCAAGGCGCUUCCGGCAAGACCAGAGAGCGUAGAGUACAACGGAGUUCUAGUAGAGCGGGCAGACGAAGACGACCUGGAUGACACCGUCGUAAUAGAAACGGCUACGACGACGCGCAUUGCGGCCUCGCCCAAUGGUAACAGACAGAGAGCAUGGCCUCCAACGCUGACGGACGCAAGAUACGAGCCCCCGAAAUCCGCGAUGAACUCGGCAAUGACCGAACCACAGCAUUCUGCCCUUCAGUCUGCCUUUACCAAGUCACCCAUGCGCCGGAACUUCGAAGGGAAGCUCAACAUACCGCAGAACAACGAUGUGAAUCAGCUAUUGCCGGCUCCGUUAUCUCCUCGAAGGCCCGUCACUCCCGCGAAGCCAGCAAGCCCCGAAACUGUGGUCCGACAGAACUUUUCCAUGAACAACCAACGGCUAGCUCCCGCGCCAGAGAUUGGAAGGGGUCACUCACGCAACCCAAGCACCGAGUCGGUAUCCUUCUUCUUGGACCCCAUCGAGGAGUCUGGAGGCUCAGCUACUACUUCGGUGCACUCGAGGUCGUCGUCAUUUGGCGUGAGACGGAAACACAUACGGGCUGCGAGCGGUGGCACCGAGGCGGAAUUUGAUGCAGCACUGGACGCCGCCGUGGAAGCUGCCUACGAUGAUGGCUAUGAACCCAUGGAUUCUUUCGAACUGGGUUACGACGACGAAAAUGAAGAUACCGUGGUGGCCAAUGCGAUGCGCAAGGUGGAACUGGCCAAGGAACGGGUGCGCGAAAGGGAAAGGGAUGCGGCCAUCGAGUUGGCGCGCGAACGAGAGCGGCAGCGAUUGAUGGAGAACAGUCACGACGCGCAGACUUUUGGUGAGCCGUACGUCGGCAACGACUCGGACGAGGAAGAAGAGCGCAUGUUGGAAGAGAUGACGAGGGGCUACGUAAUGGACGACUUUCCAUUCGGGCAGCUGUCGGAACCCCAGAGCAACCACAUGCCUAGGGAAUCCGACUCGAGCGGAGUGACACAGCGGACAUGGCAGAGCUCCACAGGUUCCAAUCCCCCGACUUCCACCACGGUAUUAUCGACCGUCACGGAGAUGUCUCCUGCACCGUCCAAGACCCCGCCGCCGCCGUCAUUACCGCCCCCCCAGGCUCUGCCACGACUACCACCACAACCUCCUGGAGUGCGGAGCCGAAGACUCUCAGGACAGAACGCGAAACAGCUCAAGAUCGAAACCUCCAAGAUUGGCCCGCCGCCAGCAACCCUUCCUCCUGGCGUUACGUCGGCCAUGCAGCCUAAACAAUCCGGCAGCUACAUUGCCCAACAACGGCAGGCUUUAUCAGCUACGACCGCCCGGCCUGGUCCUUUCUCCAUGCGAGUCCCAAGCUCACCCGGCCGUGGCAUCAGUCCUGCUCCGGCCGCUGCGCCGCCGACUUCACCUCACCAACAGUCGAUCACCGAAGAAUCGGAAGACGCAACAACUGGCUCUCCAUCUUCAAUUCGCGCGGGAAUUCGCAAGAAGCAGUCCUCGUCGAGCCUGAAAUCCCUCAGAACCCGCCAACAAUCCGUUUCCAAGAUCGAUAUCGACAAUGUAUCCGACCUGUCUCCGAAUACGCCUCUGAGUACUAGCACCCUGACUAAUAACCCACCUAUACCUCGCCAGCCUGCCAUGCCGACUUUGCCCACGCCCAUGGCAGCUCACUUCAGAGAAAAGAUUAGCGGGUUCGGUGGACUCUACCUAUUCGAUGACCUCGAUUCACCUGCGCCUCAUUCGCCUACUUCGACGCACUCUUCAAACCCUGACGCUCCUCUGCCGCUUGAGCCCUGCCCCUCGGAUGUAAUGCUUCGACCGUUUUGGCUUAUGCGCGCUCUGUACCAGACUCUUUCGCAUCCGAGGGGUGGCUACAUUACCAACAAGCUCUUCGUUCCGCGCGAUGUAUGGAAAGUGAAGGGGGUCAAGUUACGUAACUUGGAAGACAAGUCCUCGCAGUGCGACCUGCUCACGGCCGCAUUGCUCAAACUCGCGAGGGUGGACAGCACUGAUGCCGAUGCGGUGCUCGAGGAAAUGCAAAGUCUCGAAAAUGUGCUGGAACAGGUCCAAAUCACCCUGACGCGCAAACUAGGCAACGAGGUCGGCACCCAGGGACUAAGCAGAGACGAGAACGAGCUUGAACGACCCGUUAUGCGAAAUGCCAGCGUUAGCAACAAGGCCGGUGCAUUCAGUUGGAGGAGGCUCCGAAGUAAAGGCUCGGCAGUCAACUUGGGCUCGGCCUAUGGGGCCAAAAGCAACAGCGGCAGCGGUGCGGCGGCGAGCACUUUUGAUUUGUCGGGUGCCGAUCGCGCCGCGUCCCUAGCUAGCCUGCCCAUGGUCGCCAAUGCCAUUAAUAAGACAGCCAAGCGAGAUAUUUCGACGGUCAAGUUCGAUGGGCCCUUUGCCGGAUAUAUGGCGAGUCUGGCGCGGUUGUUUGAUGCUGCGCAGACACUCGGUAUGUUCUUUUCUUUCCCUUUUCUUCGGCAAUCUCCAUCUAUAUAUCUCGCACGUCGUUCAGUCCGUCUCUCCCUCCUUUCGUCUAGUUGUCCUUAGGAACGGGAAAAGCAA